AUGGGCGGCAAGCUCAAGAACUACACGGCGCAGAUCACGGGGUACAAGCGCACUGACAAUGCGUCGGAACUCACGCUAAUGGCGGCGGUGGCGAGGCAGCCCGUUGUCGUCGGCAUGUCGCUGGACGCGGCUCCCAACGCGCCGCCGGCCUCUCCGCACGCCCGGCCCGCCGUCUCCGCGCGCUCGGAGCCCCACCUCGUCGCCCGCCGCACUCUCUGCCUCGUCGGCCGCCCCGCCUCGUCGUCUCCGCGCCCCCGGAAACCCCGCCGCCCGCCGCCCGCCGCUCCUUCCCCGGCGCCGGCCUCUCCUUCCCCGGCGCCGGCCUGCCUCUCCGCGCGCCCGGAGCCCUGCCUCGUCGCCGUCGCCCAGAGCCCCGCCGCCCUCGUUGCCGUCGCCUGGAGCCCCACCGCCCUCGCCGCGCCGCCCGCCGCCCGCCGCCCGGAACCCCCAUGCGCAAGCCACAACAUUCCCCUAGAACUGAUCAACACACCUCUAAACUGA